AUGGAUUUGGCGAGCGGGUCAGUACUGGCCGUGCCGGGUGUUGGCCUGCGCCUAGCCGCCGAAGAAGAGCUUGUGGAACGCAGUUCGCGCGAGUCAACCCUGAGCUUCCGUCCCAGCCACGGUGUCGCGUACAAUCACCGCCACCAGCAGCAGCAGCAGCAGCGUGGACAGGGCCCUCAGCUCGGGGGCGACUUCCAGCCCAGGGGCCACCACCCGUUCCCGGAGCGCCCCCAGCUGGAGCAGCCCACGAGCCAGGCGCCGGGUCCCAGCAGCCAACCGGGGUCCGUGCACAGGCUCUCCUUCCCACCCAGCGGCAUCGAGAGGCACCUGGCACGAUUGCACAGUACGACGAGCACAGACAACAGGAAGUCGUUUCCUCCGUGCCAGGUGUCGGACACGGACUCCGGUCUCGGCCGCACUAUCACAGCCGAGACUAGCGAAGAAAGCUUCGCUGGAGCCGUCGCCGCUCCCCAGGCGCCGCCACCACCGCCUCACCGUCUUUGCGGGGGUAACGUCUGCAACGGCAUCUACCGGGCGAGCGCCGCGGCAGCGCAUGCGCCCGGAGGUGCAACCGCCGCGACUCUCGGAGGCGGUCCGGAUGCUGUCCUGGACGACGGCCUGGCGCACGAGAUGGCACUUCUGCGUGUCGAGCUCGAGAUCGUGCGCUGGGAGUGCGAAAGCAUCAUCCGCCAGAAGAGGCGCCGCGACCAGGACCUGCUGGGUUCGUGGUCCAGGCGCCGCCGCGUCCUGGACUGGAUGCAGCGGCACGACAGCAGCGACACCUCGUACGACCCUUCCACGCUCUCCUCCAACUCCGAAGACCGCCGUGAGGCGAGCCCGAGCCCGACGUCUUCCGUCGAAGCCCUCUGCAGCCGGACUCCGCCGCCGUCUUGCCUGGGUGGAGCCCCGGAGUCACCCGUGAUCCAGCAGCACAUCUACGAGUCCGUGGCCAGGAGCCCGUCGCCCCUGACCGGGGUGACGUCGUCGCCCCACGUGCGCUCUCAGAGCAUGACCCUGAACAACAACAACACGCCGAGCGGACCGACGGGUCGUGUCCUGUCCCCGGAGCACAAGAGGUGUUCGUCGGCGAGUCCUGUGCGCCGGAAACUGCAGGCCGCCGCACCUCUGCCCGCCGUGCUGAGUCCCGUUCGAACUUACCGGUUCUCGUGCACCAUUAACGAAUCGCCGCAGUCUCCAGCGUCUGCGGCGGCUCGGAGCAGCUCGCGGUCGCCCAGCUGUUCUCCCGUCAGACACAGCGCGGGCUUUCGACCCCGAUGCAGCUCGAACCCGGUACCACACGCAGUGACACCGGCCGUCAUUCCGAUGGCGACGUCUCGGACGGCGGGCCAGAUCAGCGACCUGUACAGGCGCCAGGAACACAUCACCUCCUGUUUCCCGACCCAGAGCAUCCCGGAGAGUCCGCUGGCGCUUCACAGCACCAGUUCCAGUCCGAUACCGGUCGUGACUUAUAGCGACCGCUCGCCGGCGGCGUCUCCCGUGAGGUUCCAGCACGAAACUGGAGGGAGUCCAUCCCUCGCGUCGCCCUGUGGAGGUGCGUCCCGGCAGUCAAGACCGUCGGUCAGCGAGGACAAGCCUCGGCGGUGGUUCGACAGCAUCCUCCAGCAGCAGGACCCGUCCGCCUACCAGGUCCACGAUCCCGCUCAGCUAUGUUCCUUCUACAGCCCCCAGAGGCAAAGCGCCAAGUCCAGCAGCAGGCUUCAACCGGUCUUCGAGGCCGAGUGCUACGGUGACAGGGGCGCUCGGGGAGGAGGCAUCCUCGACUUGGACCUCGAGUUCGUCACCAAGGAGUACGAGAUAUUUCCCGGGGACGACAACGCCUGCCGGAACGACCGUCGGCGCGGCUCAGAGGGCGAAGAAGACGCGUCGCCAGCUGCGAAAGGAGCGCGCUCAGCAGAUCGCCGCCCGCACCAGGGCGGACACGACCACGUCCACGGACUCGGACGCCACGCUGAAGCACCACCACAGCAGCUGCCACGCUUGCGCCCGAAGCCGGAGAAAGGGCGGAGGCGCCGGCGCCGGCUUGACCCAGUCGUCGCACAGGUCGUCACCGUCCAAGCAGGAGGCCGCCGUGCACCACGGCCGCAGACCGGCGCAGAUGACGCAUCGUGACGGCGCCGCUGCCGCCUCCUCCUCCGCCGCCACCGACUACAUGCUCUGAGUCGCGGUUGUUGCUUAGAGUAUCAGUACACACUUUCGCCUCGCUAAUUCCGGGCUCUGCUGUUACUGGAAGUUGAAGGUGGGCAAUGCUGAAGAAUUCUGGAUGUCUUCGCAGUCGUCCUUUCCCAGUGUAAGGUAGCCAAUGGGACUAAGCUUGGCUA